AUGGCGUCACACAAUACACUUUCAAAUGCUGGGACUCGUAGGAUUGGUGUUAACGCACUUGUAAACUACUGUAACUACGCCCCGAAGCAUAGCUCAUACUUGUAUUUAAUCUGAAACAUUUCUAGGUCUUGAGUCCUUUCCCCGCCCACGGUGCUGAUUGUUUAGUGGUCACCAUGGCAACUAGACUAGCCUGCCAACCCAAGGAAGAAGACGCGAGUUUGAAAGAUCCGAGUUCUGACGGAGCUUCAGUGAUGUCUGCCUCCAGGGAACAGCAGGCAGAAAACACACAAACGUGCAUCACCCCCGGAAACCCCGUCUUCUCAUGCACAUUCAACCCACCCGUUCAAGGUCCAACUCCGACACCGUGGUCCAAACCCCAGAACCCCCUGUACAGGACCACCUCGGGGGAGUACGGAUUGUACCCUCCGACCGCAGAAACCACUCCGUGUACUUUCCACCCGAGAACCCAAAAAUUCACCAAGCAUUUGAGCAAGAGCGGCAUGUACCGGGACACCUGCUUCAACACCACAGUCGACCGCAGCAGAGUGUACGACUGUCCCAAUUUACAACACACUAUCUGAUUUACCAUCUGGACUCCAUGAGAUGUUUGCAGGGCAUGAAUACACAUAGUCUGUUUCUGUACGACUGCAUGUGAUAGGAUGAAGGUUCAGAACCCAAACAUCACUUCGUUAUGUCGGUGCGGAAGCCAGGAAUUUCACUGCAUGACCCACCUUUGAAAUAAAGACAACUGGACUGUUGACAUUUCAUGAAACACUUGACACGUAAGCGUCCUGAGCCUAAUGAAGGAAAUGUUUGGACGAUAACGGGAAUGCGGGUCUCCACCAAAAUGCUCCUGGGUGUACCUGUCGACAUUUGCAUUUGAAAAUAAGCGGCAUUCGGGGGGGAAAAUAAGGGAAAUCCUUUUUUUUUUAGACCAAAAAUGUCAGGAGCCAAUCUGUCAACAUUUGCAUUUGAAAGUAAAGGACAUUUUUGGGAAUAAGUGGAAUUCUGGUCUUCAUCACCAGAAUUGUCCUGAGUCGACCUGUCAAUAUUUGCAUUUGAAAAUGAGGGAAAUUUUCAGAAAAAACAAGGGAAAAUUGUGGUCUUCCAACAUUUGCAUUUGAAAUAAGAGACAUUUUGGCGAAAAUAAGACGAAAGUCUGGUCUUUCCACCAAAAUUGUUAGGAGCAUACCUGUCGACAUUUGCAUUUGAAAAUAAGGGAUAUUUCCAGGAAAAUAAGGGACAUUCUGGUCUAUCCACCAGAAUUGUCCGGGGUCGACCUGUCAACAUUUGCAUUUGACAAUGAGACAUUUUCUGAAAAAUAAGGGACAUUCUGGUCUUC